CCUAAUACCAUCCCACUCGCUUCAUCCCUCUCUCUAGUUCGCAAUCGUCUUCUUCUGCAAACUCGUCCGAUCUCUCUCUCUCUCUCCACAAACAUGACGGCCUACAAGGGAAAGUACCAUGAUGAGCUCAUUAAAAAUGCUGCCUACAUUGGCACCCCUGGAAAGGGUAUUCUCGCUGCUGAUGAGUCCACUGGCACAAUUGGCAAGCGUUUUGACAGCAUCAAAGUUGAGAAUGUCGAGGAGAACAGGCGUGCUCUUCGUGAGCUCCUCUUCACUGCCCCUGGUGUCCUCCAAUACCUUAGUGGAGUGAUCCUUUUCGAGGAAACCCUCUACCAGAAGACAGCUGCAGGCAAGCCUUUUGUUUAUGUCUUGAACGAGGGUGGUGUCCUUCCCGGUAUCAAGGUUGACAAGGGUGUUGUUGAGCUUAAAGGUACCGACGGUGAGACCACAACCCAGGGUUUGGAUGGCCUUGGUGCCCGCUGUGCUAAGUACUAUGAAGCUGGUGCCCGGUUUGCCAAAUGGCGUGCUGUGCUUAAGAUUGGUGCCAAUGAGCCAUCUCAGCUGUCCAUCAAUGAAAAUGCUAAUGGAUUGGCUCGUUAUGCUAUCAUCUGCCAGGAGAAUGGCCUUGUACCCAUUGUUGAGCCUGAGAUCCUUGUUGAUGGACCCCAUGACAUCAACAAGUGUGCUGAUGUAACUGAGCGCGUCCUUGCUGCAUGUUACAAGGCUCUCAAUGACCACCAUGUUCUUCUUGAAGGAUCUCUAUUGAAGCCCAACAUGGUCACUCCCGGAUCUGAAGCCAAGAAGGUGUCGCCAGAAGUGAUUGCUGAGUACACAGUCCGUGCCUUGCAGCGCACCACCCCCGCAGCUGUUCCUGCUGUGAUGUUCUUGUCUGGUGGACAGAGUGAGGAGGAGGCUACCCUCAACCUUAACGCCAUGAACAAGCUCAAGGGAAAGAAGCCGUGGACUCUUUCCUUCUCCUUCGGCCGUGCCCUUCAGGCUAGCACUCUCAAGGCUUGGUCAGGAAAGGCAGAUAAUGUUAAGGCUGCACAGGAGGCUCUCCUCACAAGGGCCAAGGCCAACUCAGAGGCUACCUUGGGAACCUACAAGGGUGAUGCCAAUCUUGGUGAGGGUGCUGCAGAGAGUCUCCAUGUCAAGGACUACAAGUAUUAAUCUAGCUGUAUUGGUAUGGAAAUGCAAGUUUGUUUUCUUUUGUCACUUCUGUCAUGGUAUAUGCCUUUGGGUAUGAUCUUUAUGAAGCUUGGGAUGAGAUACUAGUAGAAUUAUAUAAGCUUGAGGAACUUUAGCAAGCAUGGAGAGUUUUUGUUACUUACGCCUUUGUUUUAGUUAAAGAACUACUCGUGUGUUGAGUAGUUUCAUCGUUGUGGUUGAUCUUUGUUCUUGAUCUUCAACUUCUGCUUUGUUGAUGUGCUUUCAAUCAAGUUGCUGUAUAUAGUUGCUGUA